AUGUCUACUGUGAGAAAUUUAACGGCAGCCUAUACCCUCGAAGUCGAAACCAAUGAAGAAAAAUCUAAGUCGUUGAUCCCAGAAUUACCCGAUGAGAUCACUGAACUGUGUUUGUAUCGUAUUCCGUACCCGUACCAAUCCCAAGUUCGUUCAGUGUCUUCUUCAUGGAACAAAGCCAUUUCUCACCCUUCAUUUCUCUAUACCAAGAAUCAAUUGUCGCUUUCUCUACCUUACUUGUUUGUUUUUGCUUUCCACAAAUCAACGGCUGAGGUCCAAUGGCAAGCGAUGGACGUUAAAUCGGGCCGUUGGUUUGUACUACCUCCAAUGCCAUGCCCCAAGGCUGUGUGCCCACCUAGCUUUGCGUGCGCCUCAAUCCCACAUGAAGGGAAGCUAUAUGUCAUGGGUGGUAUGCGAUCAGACACAGGGUAUACCAUGGGGACCAUGAUCACGUACCGUACGUCGACAAAUCAAUGGUUGGUACCCUCUCCGAUGCGGACCCCACGAGCAUUUUUUAGCGCAGGUAAUAUCAAUGGUAAGAUCAUUGUCGUUGGAGGGAAUGAGAUUGACCUCGACGUUGAAUUGUAUGACCCUGAACAUGACAAGUGGGUGGAGGGUGCUAAAAUGCACUCUAAGUUAGCCAAAUAUGACGCGGUGGUUGUGGGGAGAAAGUUGUACAUUACCGAGGGGUGGACAUGGCCGUUCGUGUUUUCACCACGAGAAGACACAUGGCAAGAGAUGAGUGAUGGGAUGCGAGAGGGUUGGACCAGAAUGGGCAUGGUGAUGGGUGAUAGGAUAUUUGUGAUAUCUGAGCAUUGUGACUGCAGGAUGAAGGUGUACCAUCCUGAUGAGGACACAUGGGAAUUCGUCGAUGGAGAAAGGUUCCCGUGUAAUGCACUCAUGAGGCCGUUUGCUGUGAGUGCAGUGGAGGGAAGGAUAUAUGUGGUGUCUAGUGGAUUGAAUGUGGCAAUUGGAAGGGUGUUUGAAGAGCAAAUGGGGAAGUUCUGGGUGGAUUGGGAGGUUGUGGACGCUCCAGAAGCUUUUCAUGAAUUUUCACCCUCUAACUGUCUGCUUCUUUAUGCCUGA